UACAACUUCCACAAGGCACUGGGUAAAAUACUAAGGCUUCCGGCCAGAGCCUUUUCCGGUCUUUUGGACGCUGACGCUCUCUUCCGGUUAUGUGUCGUCCCUAAAGGCGUUUAGGAUUAGCACGAUGAAGCUGCUGGCAUUUGUGGUGUUGGCUCUCUUAGCUGUCACUCAGGCAGAAGAAGGAGCCAGGCUUUUGGCCUCCAAAUCACUGCUGAACAGAUAUGCUGUAGAAGGCCGAGACCUGACCUUGCAGUAUAACAUCUACAAUGUGGGCUCCAGUGCUGCAUUAGAUGUGGAAUUAUCAGAUGAUUCCUUUCCUCCAGAAGACUUUGGCAUUGUUUCUGGUAUGCUCAAUGUCAAAUGGGAUCGGAUUGCCCCUGCCAGCAAUGUCUCCCAUACCGUGGUCCUGCGCCCUCUUAAGGCUGGUUACUUCAACUUCACUUCAGCCACGAUUACUUACCUGACCCAGGAGGAUGGACCUGUUGUGAUUGGCUCCACCAGUGCACCUGGACAGGGAGGGAUCCUGGCUCAGCGGGAGUUUGACAGGAGAUUCUCCCCCCAUUUUCUGGACUGGGCAGCCUUUGGGGUCAUGACUUUGCCCUCCAUCGGCAUCCCCCUGCUCUUGUGGUAUUCCAGUAAGAGGAAAUACGACACUCCCAAACCCAAGAAGAACUGAACAGGCUUCCACAGCCCUUCUUCCAAUACACAGGUGCUUCUCAGACUCCAGAGGCUAUUUCUUUGCCCUUGGCCCACAGACGUCUUGUCUUGGAUCCUAUCCUGAACUCAACCAGAGUGCCAGAGCAGGCCUGGGAGUCUGUGGGAGCCUCCUUGUUUCCACCGAAGCCAUAUAACAGGACUGCCUUCAGCCACGGUCUUGGGGCUAGAGGGUCCCACUGAGGUGCUGUUGGUAUAUUACUGGCAGUAUGAACUCUCGGGGGUCCAGAAGAGGCCCUUUGGACACUGCUUGACAUACCCACAUCCCUUGGCAUCUCCUCUCAAAUGGGCAGAAGAUGAAAUGAAAGCUGUAGAACUCAAUGCUACGCACGCUCUGCCUGGGUUAGGGAAGUGCUUACUGAAAGGAUUUUCUAAUAAAAACAAAUGCCACACUGA